CUUACUUUCUACUUUGAUCAUAUCAUCCAUAUGUUCAGCUCAAAUUCCAUCCAAAAGUGGUGAGUUUAACAUCACCUCUCCAUUGGAUGAUGGAGUAUAUGUCGCUGGACAACAAUUACCCAUUACCUAUGUCAUUUUAGACUCUGGAUCAAGAUUAAAUUUGAAUAUAUAUUUCCAACCAGCACCUGGUGUUAAUUAUACAGGUCUUACUGUUGCUCAGAAUGCAGAUGUAUCAGAAGUUGCUGGAGCAGUGGUGACCAUCAAUGGAAAAUACUAUUGGCAACAUACUUAUAAUUACGCUAUACCUGCUAAUGCACCUCAAGGAUCUUAUCAUGUUAUUUUCGAAUCUGUCAACACAAAUACAAACACUUCUGUACCAGUGACCAUCCGUCCCUUUGUCAAUAUUACUACAGCAGCUGCAUCAUCUAGUGCU